AUGAAAAUUGAGCACUAUGUUAUCCAUAUACUCAGGUUCUUCGGCAUAUCUUCCUUAAUGGAACCGGAGCAAUAUCCCUUGCAUCCUGUCGAUGGUGUCACUACGGUGAACGAGUCUCCAGAGAAGCCACCCAUAUUCCCUGCUCCGGGAGGUGGAUCUGGGGAUAACCGCAUCAAAUGUGAUUACAGUCGUAUGGGAUCAGACUGGGAGCAUCCCGAUUCUCCAAGUGAGAGGCGUGUCUGGCUUCGAAAUAAAAAGACCAGCAAGGAGUUCAACAUCUCCACCGAUUACGAGAACGAGUGGCCACUCGGGAUCAAGAGAAAGUACCAUGUCGAGAUACUAAAUGACACACAUGCCAAUUGGGAUGGAGUGGAGUUCCACGGGGCAAAGCUGAUUAACGGGACCUUUCCUGGGCCAUGGAUUCAAAUCACAGUUACAAACAAGCUUUCCUAUAAUGGGACUGCGAUCCACUUUCACGGACAACGUCUGCUCAACAACAGUCUAAUGGAUGGUGUGCCAGGGGUAACUCAAUGUCCCAUUGCACCAGGACACAGCUUUACCUACAGGUUCAACGCAACGCAAUACGGCACCUCGUGGUAUCAUAGCCAUUACUCUCUUCAAUACACCGAUGGAGUUUUGGGGCCCGUAACUGUCCAAGGACCAACCUCCGAUAACUGGGAUACGUCGGUCGACCCAAUUCUCCUAGGUGAUCAUAUCCACGAAAGCGCGUUUCAAAGGUACUAUCAAGAACAAUUCGCAGGCCUGAAGGUCAAGGGGAACCAUGUCAAAGGUCCACCAAAGAUGCAAAGCAUUCUUAUCAACGGGCGAGGAGGUAAACGCUAUCUCCUGAGAUUGAUCAAUACUUCCACCGAUACGACGUAUAUAUUCACUAUUGAUAACCAUAACUUCACCGUGAUUGAAGCGGACCUGGUUCCUGUUACUCCGUACAACGCAACUUACCUAGCCAUUGGGAUCGGUCAACGAUACCAUGUUGUGCUCAAUACUUGGCCCAAACACCAGCGCAAUGGGACAGAUGACUUCUGGAUCCGAACUAUUCCAGCUGAUCACUGCAGCAACUUUGAUGCUUCUGCUGGGAAGUACCUUGAAGUGCGGCAGGGGAUCCUUUACUAUAAUGAGAAGAUGGGAUGGCCGGAGACAACUGAAAGUGAAAAGGUCAGCUAUGAAUGCCGCGAUGAACCCUAUGAGAACCUAAAGCCAGUAUUGCCAUGGAAAGUCCCCAAGCUGUCCCUCGACGAACGGGGAGAACUUUCUACCCCGAAUUCCACUAUUCGGCUUGCAAAUUGGAGCCUGCCAGCUGAGCCUAACGUGCCUGCGGGUCCUUUGGUCAACAACUGGAACAUGAUGGACUACCCAAUCUGGGUGGCCUAUUCAAAGCCCACCGUCAAACAUUUGGAUGGUCCGUUUGAUAAGCAUGCCGUAGUCUAUGAAGUCUCAGACAAUGAAACCAGCCACGAGAAGUGGAAUUACAUGGUGAUCAUCGGCAAUCAGACAACAGACCCUGGCCAGGGAAAGAAUGGCAGAUUGGUCCCUGCCGCACAUCCAAUCCACUUACACGGCCAUGACUUCGCCCUCCUGCAGCAGUCGAAUAAGUCAUAUGUUAAUUCAUCAUCACUGGAUCUGAAGUAUGACAACCCCCCUCGACGUGAUGUUGUCCUUCUUCCAAAGAACGGGUUUAUAGUAAUUGCCUUUCGGACGGACAACCCGGGAACGUGGGCUGCUCACUGCCAUAUUGCCUGGCAUGCUUCAGCCGGCCUCGCAUUCCAGAUCUUGGAGACCAAAGACCGAUUCAAGGACCUCUUGAAAACAAAGCCUCUCGAUGUCGCUCAGUUGGACGACGGCUGCAAAGCGUGGGGUGAAUGGUUCAAUAACUCCCAGAACCAUUGGCACCCUGGUGGGCGUUUCCAAGAUGACUCGGGUAUUUAG